AUGGUCAUUGCUGUCGAAGGGUUGGUUUUAGUAUUCAUUCGCAGUUAGCCUCCCCUUAUUGAUGUGCUGUCGCAUAUUCUAUAGAAUUUUCGCGUUGCUUAUGCAUUGGUUAGAAAUGUAAAUUAGAUUAAGAAUGAAAUCGAUUUCAUUCUUAACUUCAUUUAUUUUACUUCAAAAAUAGUCGCAAUACAUUUCUUAUCAAACUUUACUCCGUUUCACCUUUAUCCUUUUCCAAUAUAAUUUUCAGAAAAUGCCGGAAACUCGCAGUUCAAACCGUCAAGUUGCCAAACGAGCAUAUGCAGACAGCGACGACGAUCAGGUGUGGAAAUCAUUCUAUAGAUUACCCUUUGUAGCCAAAGAAAAAUGAACAAUACGUUUUUUACAGGACGAUUACUCGGACAGAAAAACCGCUUCGACUAGAGGAGGUCGCGGAGAAAACAAGAGAGGAGCACCCACGAGAGGAAGAGGCGGACGAGGUGGUCGCGGAGGAAGGGGAGGUCGGGGGGGUGGUCAAGCCGCACCAAAGGCGACUUCUUCAAAGCCACCAGCCAAAAGAGGACGAAAAAAGAAGGCGGCUCAGUCGGAUUCUGAAGACGAAACAUCUAACUUUGACUCGGACCAUCUUCAUGAAGAACUCAAGAAGUGUCUCGGCAUUCUCGUAGAGUUUUCUAAAGAUGAGCACGAGGUAUAUCUACACUAAAAAUUAUAUUUUCAAUAAUCCGUUUAUUAACAGUCGUUCACAUUUCCAUUCCGCAAACCAGUAGACACAGCUGGACUUGGACUUACUGAUUAUCACGAAAUCAUCAAGAAGCCGAUGGAUAUGUCUACAAUCAAAAAGAAACUUAUUGGCGAGGAGUAUGAAACUGCCGUUGAAUUUAAAGAUGAUUUCAAAUUGGUUUGUUAUAUAAUUUUUGUUAUAGGGAUAAUACUGAAUUUUAUUAGUAAACCGCAGCCAAAAAAUUCUUAAAUGUAGGUAUCUUAUCAGUUAAUAUAUGUUCCAGAUGAUCAACAAUUGUCUCAAAUACAACAACAAGGGAGAUCCCGUAUCCGAAUUGGCAAUUAAGUUCCUGAAGGCAUUCGAGGAGAAAUGGAAAAAAGAAUUUCCUGAGGAUGAUGAUGUGUUCGGAGUAGAUCAAGACGACGAGGGAGAAGGCGGAGAUGACGAAGAAGUGGAGAUUAAAAAAGAAGAGAAAGAAGAAGACAAAGUUGAAGAUGAAAAGCCAGAAGAAGAGGACAAGCCGAAAGAAGAAUGUGCUGGUGAGUUUGGCUUUAGCUCGUUGUUUUUUCUAAAUGUAUGAUGUGCCUUUAGCUUCUUCGGCUGGAACAACUGCAGACAGAUCAGAAAGCCAUGAACGUUCCGAGUCACCAGCUACACCUCCGGACAGUCCAGUGGAAGAUGCCGAAGAGAAGGAAUUUUCGAACGGUGCCAGUGGACCAGGAGAAGUCGCUUCUUCCGCUGACUCUACUUCCGAUGGAACACACUCUUAA